AUGGCAGGAAAUCCGAGGAGGGGCGCUGGUCUCAUCGGCUUGAUGAAGGACGCAUUUCAGCCCCAUCACCAGCCUCUCCAGCCUCACCAACCUGCAGUGGUAGACAAGAAAAUGGUGGAGAAAUGCUGGAAACUUAUGGAUAAGGUAGGUAACAAUCCAUCUAAUUUCCUCAGCUCUUAUGGUAAGUGCAUUUAAAUGGCAAGAAUACUCAACAUAUGAAAUGCAAGGUUUACUAUAAUGUCCAUAGUGUAGCAAUAAUAAAACAAUAGGUUACAUAGAAUAAGGAGAGAUGGUGUGACAGUCUUUUUCCCAUGUGAGGUGAACAAUUACCACAAGACUGAUCAUGCCAUGUCAAUACUAUUUAUUCUGCAAAAUGAAGCAAAUGUAUUCAUGCAUUCGUUAUUUUUCUUUAUAAAAUGGCCUCCAAUACAUUGUUUCCCCGAAAUGGCCAGAAUUUGAGCAAUGUACAGUAUUUUCAAUUAAACAGUGUACAAGUUGUCUUUGGCAGGAAGACACUUGCAUAUUCAAUUUCACAAGUCUAUUUUCAAACGUGUGAUUGAACUAUCACGUGGUUAUUUCAUUAUUCCUUUUUUGCUUACUGACUCAGUUUGAAUGAACACAAGUGUAGCUGAUCCCUGUGUCAAAUGGCCUAUUCAACCAGAACAACAAUACCAAAUAGGCGUAAAUAGUAUUAUUUUGUCAUGUUUUAUACAUUUGACACACAACCUCAAAUGAUAGGCCUACAAAAUGGUAUGUUCCCUUUCCUACUGCUGGUGUGGUAAAAAUAUCAACACAUACAUUUUGUGAAUUAUAUUUUCUUAAAAACAAAGAUGAUAAGGACUACUUGGUGUACUGUCAAAUAGGACAAUUGAGACAAUAUCAAGGGACUGGCCAGGCCUGGUUGUAUGAACCAGUUGAAUUACAAACAUCAUCCAGACUGUAAAUAAUUGGUUUAACCACAAGCAGGAGCCACAAUGUAAAUAUUGAAUUCUCCACUUGCCUGUAAAUAUCAAGGUCACUCGUACCCCAAAUUUACUCUCACACUGGUGUGUAUCAUGAUGAGUCCUGACUGGUAAUUCUGUCUCUCUACAUUAAAAUAUAUCCGUCUGUCUUCCCCAUUCAUGCAGUCGGCCCACACAACAGUGAUAGAACAUAUCAUAAAUCAUAAAGGCAGAACAAAAGAAGUGCAUCUGUAUCCUGUGUUGUGGUUUUAAUUCCAUCCCAGUGUAAGCAUGAUAUUACUAGUGACAAUUUCAGUUCUUGUAAUUUCUAGGGCCAGACUUUCUCUCCUAACCACUUACCUUGAGCAAUUAUUAUGACCAAGACAGUUUUUUUUGUCUUGACAAAGAUCAAGUGUUGACAUAGCCCAUACAUAGACAGAUGCAGAGCAGAGAAUGUAAGCUUAAAAAAAUAAAGGGGUGGGGAAAGAGUUUAAUAUAGGCAAUUUCUCACAAAUACAUGUUGAGAAACAUCUGAGAACCCAUUGUUAUAUGACCAGUCAUUCUGGUAUGCGUGACCGUUUUCUCCAGGUUCCUCUGACCUCGUCUCACUCUCACUUUCCCACACAGGUGGUGCGUCUGUGCCAGAACCCUAAGGUGGCCCUGAAGAACAGCCCCCCAUACAUCCUGGACCUACUGCCAGACACCUACCAGCACCUCCGCACCAUACUGUCCCGCUACGAGGGCAAGAUGGAGACGCUUGGGGAGAACGAGUACUUCCGGGUGGUGAUGGAGAACCUGACCAAUAAGAUCAAGCAGACCAUGAGCUUGUUCAAGGAGGCCAAGGAGCGCAUGUACGAGGAGAACUCUCAGCCCAGGUAAAAUGGAGGGGGAUAUUGAGCCUGCUGGUAGCCAGUCUGUUUCUGCUAUAGCCAACAUGUUGUUUCUUCAAGGCAAUGGUUUAUAAACUGAACAAAAAUAUAAAUGCAACAUUUAAAGUGUUGGUCCCAUGUUUCAUGAGCUGAAAUAAAAGUUCCCAGAAAUGUUACAUACGCACAAAAAAAAUGUUAUCUCAAAUUUUGUGUACAAAUGAUUACAUCGCUGUUAGUGAGCAUUUCUCCUUUGCCAAGAUAAUCCAUCCAGCUGACAGGUGUGGCAUAUCAAGAAGCUGAUUAAACAGCAUGAUCAUUACACCGGUUCAACUUGUUCUGGGGACAAUAAAAGGCCACUCUAAAAUGUGCAGUUUUGUCACAGAACACAAUGCUACAGAUGUCUCAAGUUUUAAGGGAGUGUUCAGUUGGCAUGCUGACUGCAGGAAUGUCCACCAGAGCUGUUGCCAGAGAAUGUAAUGUUCAUUUAUCUACCAUAAGCCUCCUCCAACGUCGUUUUAGAGAAUUUGGCAGUACGUCCAACUGGCCUCACAACCGCAGACCACGUGUAUGGUGUCGGGUGGGCGAGCGGUUUGCUCAUGUGAACAGAGUGCCCAUAUGACGGUGGGGGUAUGGGCGGGCAGGCAGGCAUAAACUACGCACAACGAACACAGUGGCAUUUUAUCGAUGGCAAUUUGAAUGCACAGAGCUACCGUGACGAGAUCCUGAUGCCCAUUGUCGUGCCAUUCAUCCGCCGCCAUCACUUCAUGUUUCAGCAUUAUAAUGCACGGCCCCAUGUCGCAAGGAUCUGUACACAAUUCCUGGAAGCUGAAAAUGUCCCAGUUCUUCCAUAACCUUUUUUUAAGGUAUCUGUGACCAACAGAUGCAUAUCUGUCAUGUGAAAUCCAUAGAUUAGGCCCUAAUUAAUUGAUUUCAAUUGACUGAUUUUCUUACAGUGCAUUCGGAAAGUAUUCAGACCCCUUGACUUUUUCCACAUUUUGUUACUUUACAGCCUUAUUCUAAAAUUGAUUAAAUAUUUUUUUUUUCUCAUCAAUCUACACACUACCCCAUAAUGACAAAGCGAAAACAGGUUUAGAAAUAUUUGUCAAUUGAUAAAAAACAGAUACCUUAUUUAUAUAAGUAUUCAGACCCUUUGCUAUGAGACUCGAUAUUGAGCUCAGGUGCAUCCUGUGUCCAUUGAUCAUCCUUGAGAUGUUUCUACAACUUGAUUGGAGUCCACCUGUGGUAGAUUCAAUUGACUUGCAAUCGAUUUGCAAAAGGCACACACCUGUCUAUAUACGGUCCCACAGGUGACAGUGCAUGUCACAGGAAAAACCAAGCCAUGAGGCCGAAGGAAUUGUCCAUAGAGCUCUGAGACAGGAUUGUGUCAAGGCACAGAUCUGGGAAGGGUAGCAAAACAUUUCUGCAGCAUUGAAGGUCCCCAAGAACACAGUGGCGUCCAUCAUUCUUAAAUGGAAGAAGUUUGGAACCACCAAGACUCUUCCUAGAGUUGGACGCCCGGCCAAACUGAGCAAUCGAGGGAGAACGGCCUUCGUCAGGGAGGUGACCAAGAACCCGAUGAUCACUCUGACAGAGCUCCAGAGUUCCUCUGUGGAGAUGGGAGAACCUUCCAGAAGGAAAACCAUCUAUGCAACACUCUACCAAUCAGGCCUUUAUGGUAGAGUGGCCAGACGGAAGCCACUCCUCAGCCCGCUUGGAGUUUGCUAAAAGGCACCAAAAGGACUCUCAGACCAUGAGAAACAAGGUUCUCGGGUCUGAUGAAACCAAGAUUGAACUCUUUGGCCUGAAUGCCAAGCGUCACAUCUGGAGGAAACCUGGCACCAUGCCUACGGUGGAGCAUGGUGGUGGCAGCAUCAUGCUGUGGGGAUGUUUUUCAGCGACAGUGACUGGGAGACUAGUCAGGAUCGAGGGAAAGAUAAACAGAGCAAAGUACAGAGAGAUCCUUGAUGAAAACCUGCUCCAGAGUGCUCAGGACCUCAGACUGGGGUGAAGGUUCACCUUCUAACGGGACAACAACCCUAAGCACACAGCCAAGACAACGCAGGAGUGGCUUCGGGACAAGUUUCUGAAUGUCCUUGAGUGGUCCAGCCAGAGCCCGGACUUGAACCCGAUCGAACAAUCUCUGGAGAGACCUGAAAAUAGCUGUGCAGCGACGCUCCCCAUCCAACCUGACAUAUCUCGAGAGGAUCUGCAGAGAGGAAUGGGAGAAACUCCCUAAAUACAGGUGUGCCAAGCUUGUAGCGUCAUACCUAAGAAGACUCGAGGCUGUAAUCGCUGCCAAAGGUGCUUCAACAAAGUACUGAGUAAAGGGUCUGAAUACUUGUCAUAAAUGUCAUAUUUGAGUUUUAUUUUAUUUUAUAAAUUUGCUAACAUUUCUAAAAACCUGUUUUUGCUUUGUCAUUAUGGGGUAUUGUGUGUAGAUUGAGGGAGAAAAAAACAAUUGGAUCCAUCUUAGAAUAAGGCUGUAAUGUAACAAAAUGUGGAAAAAGUGAAGGGGUGUGAAUACUUUCCGAAUGCACUGUUUAUGAAAUCUUUGAAAUUGUUGCAUGUUGCGUUUAUUUUUGUUCAGUAUAGUUGUUGAAUGCAUAACCAGGUGAGGUCAAAAUUAGCUCUAAGGCUAGAACCCAACUUGAAAAGUAGGCCUAGGUGUUCCGAUCAAAGGUUUCCUUUCUUGUUAUCAAGAUGACUGGUAUGUCCAAUUUCUGGGGGUUUCUCAAGUGAUGUCUUGUUUUUUUAGUUAAUGUGGUUCGUUAAACAUUUCUACCACUUACGGGGGAGUGUAAGAGCAUUUAUGCUUAUCUCAGAAGAGUUAACCUCCUCUUGAGUGAAUCUUCAAAACAGGAACACCCCCCCCCAUGACUCUGAUGGGAGAUGCUGUGUUAUCAGUGUUUUGAAUCUCUAUGGUGGUUUGUGACAGGCAGAGUGCUGCAUGCUGAGAAGAUCAGAUUUCCAAGAAACUACUCACACCUCAAACCAAUGUUCUAUUAAUUAAGCACGUGUUAUUUGAAAAUAUUUAAAGCUAUUUACACCCCAAAAAAAGACUAGAAAAUAGGAAUUGGGCAUUUUCAUUAUUUAGUUGCAGGUCAUGUUGCGUAAAGCAAAGGAAAGUGGUGACAAGUGAUGCAAGAACCGUUAAGCUAAAUGAUGAACAGAUCUUUUUAGGGUUUAUUUCCUCUUUUACUCAGAAAUACAUUACUAAGCUGAAACCCAUCCUGUUUACUUUAUUUAUAUGAUUGCUAAACAAACUAUCUCAUUCUAGUUCUGUGGAAGCAAUGAUGCUAUCAGUGAUUCUUCUGACUCACAAGUAGCUCAAAUGCAUGAGCUAUUAUAAGAAACUGACCUGCUAGUACUCAAAUACAACAUGCAAUAAUUUGGUCAGACAAAAGGUUAACAUACACAUUGAUUAGUGGUUUAGUGUUGUGUGCCUUAGCAAUGGGUUUUCAGCAGAUGACACUUCUAAGAAGCUCAUCACACUUUCUUAAAGCUGAAUGAUUGAUUGUACAGGGCUUUCAAAAAGUAUUCAGACCCCUUGACCUUUUCCACAUUUUGUUACGUUACAGCCUUAUUCUAAAAUGGAUUAAAAAUAUAAAUAAUUCUCAGGAAUCUACACACAAUACCCCAUAAUGACAAAGCGAAAACAGGUUUUUAGACAUUUUUGCUAAAUAAAAAAAUGAAAUACCUUUAUUUACGUAAGUAUUCAGACACUUUGCUAUGAGACUCGAAAUUGAGCUCAGGUGCAUCCUGUCUCCAUUGAUUAUCCUUGAGAUGUUUCUACAACUUGAAGUCCACCUGUGGUAAAUUCAAUUGAUUGGACAUGAUUUGGAAAGGCACAAACCUGUCUAUAUAAGGUCCCACAGUUGACAGUGCAUGUCAGAGCAAAAACCAAGCCAUGAGGUCGAAGGAAUUGUCCGUAGAGCUCCGAGACAGGACUGUGUCGAGGCACAGAUCUGGGGAAGGGUACCAAAAAAUGUCUGCAGCAUUGAAGGUCCCCCAAGAACACAGUGGCCUCCAUCAUUCUUAAAUGGAGGAGGUUUGGAACCACCAAGACUUCCAAGAUCUGGCUGCCCGGCCAAAGUGAGCAAUCGGGGAGGUGACCAAGAACUCAAUGGUCACUCUGACAGAGCUCCAGAGUUCCUCUGUGGAGAUGGGAGAACCUUCCAGAAGGACAACCAUCUCUGCAGCACUCCACCAAUCAGGCUUUUAUGGUAGAGUGGCCAGAUGGAAGCCACUCCUCAGUAAAAGGCACAUGACAGCCCGCUUGGAGUUUGGCAAAAGGCACCUAAAGGACUCUCAGACUAUGAGAAACAAGAUUCUCUGGUCUGAUGAAACCAAGAUUGAACUGGCUGCCAAACGUGCUUCACCAAAGUACUGAGUAAAGGGUCUGAAUACUUAUGAUUUUUUUUUUUUUUUUAAAAAAAAAAAUUAACUAACAUUUCUAAAAACCUGUUUUUGCUUUGUCAUUAUGUUGUAUUGUAGAUGAGGGGGGGGAAACUAUUUAAUCCAUUUUAGAAUAAGGCUGUAACGUAACAAAGUGGAAAAAGUCAAGAGGUCUGAAUACUUUCCGAAUGCACUGUAUACUAACCCCAACACAAAAGCAUCCAAUCCUAAAAGAUUAGGCUUAUACCUAGCCUAAAUGUUUGACCCAAAGUGCCAAAGUCAAGAAAAUACAUUACCAUUGGUCAACUUCAGGGAUAUGAGGUUUGUCUGAGGACCUGAUUCGCUAAGAUGUCAUACCUUUUCUUCAUAGGCGGAACUUGACCAAGCUGUCGUUGAUAUUCAGCCACAUGCUGGCUGAGCUAAAAGCCAUCUUUCCCAAUGGCCUGUUCCAAGGAGACAACUUCCGCAUCACCAAAGCUGACGCCGCCGAGUUCUGGAGGAGGUCUUUUGGUGACAAGUGAGUUUGGCUCCUUUUAUCAUAUUACAUUUUCUUAGUUGGGAAGCAGUAUUUACAAAAGGGGUUCAAAUGAAACAAAAACGCUCAACUAAAAACAUGCCUGGGGUUAUUACUACUUUUGUAUCACUAAACCCUCUCCCCUCUGUAGGACCAUUGUUCCAUGGAGGACGUUCCGCCAGGCUCUUCAUGAGUUCCACCCCAUCAGCUCAGGCCUGGAGGCCAUGGCUCUCAAGUCUACCAUCGACCUCACCUGCAACGACUGCAUCUCCGUCUUUGAGUUUGACAUCUUCACCAGGCUCUUCCAGGUAAUGAUUUGCAUGGAUUUGUAUUUACGUUUCUCAAACUCAAAUAAUGAUGAUGGAUGGGUUUUAAUAACUAUUUUCCAGGUGCCUGAAGCACUUUAGAUUGAAUGGCGGAAACUCAACUCAUCCACUACCAAAAUAGUUGUACACCCCUUCCAUCACCAAUUAUGUAGGGAAUGUGGUUUCACUGCUCCCAAUUCCCAUUCCUGACCCACUCACUAUCAUACUACUUUGGAUAAGAGCAUCUGCUAAAUUUAUACAAAGUGACUUACAUUAAGUCAAUUCAGGACCACUUACUGUAACAGUCAUCGUAUUCAUAAGUAACCACCCUAAAGAACUUGCGUCUCUGCUAUUGGUUGUGGAGUUUUCUGUUUAGCACGGCAGCAACUUUAGUACCUUUUUAAGCAGUCACAAAGUUGUUUUCUCUCUGAGGAGCCAAAUGUACACAGAGCUCAACUGCUGUGUAGAAAGUUCACUGUAGAAGCUAUCAAACUGGUGGAGGUGGCUAAGAAAAGGCCUGUGUGGGCGGUUAAUUUCAACCAUGGGUACUUUUUUAUUCCAUCAGAGGCCAUAAGGACAUGUUGUGAGUACAGAGGUAAAGAUGGCUGCUCUAUCAUUAUUUAGGGUGGGGAGGUUAAAGUACAGUCAGUACGUCCUCUAUUGGAGGUCUCCCAACUGGGCGGGGCCUUUACAGUAGUUCCUUCGACUUUGUGUGCACAGAGGCCACAAGUGUUGGCACAGUCUGAGUCUGGGCAGACUGAAACCAAAAUGACUUCCUCAAAUUAGCCUUGACAAUUGAACUGGAGCAGAGUUGCCUGUAUAUGUUUAGUUUAUAGUGCAGCAGUGGUUACCUGCCAGUGGCACAGGGGCCUCGUUUAUAAACGUUGCGUACGCACAAAAUAUGCCCCAAAAAAUGCAUGCGCCAGGUUCACGCAAAAGUUGGCAUUUAUAAAAACUUUACUUCAGGUGACAAUGUGCUUAUCCUCACGCAAACUUUAGACCAUGUGUACGCACAGUUUCUAGUGGUUGAAGUAUUGCAAUGCAAGACGGCAAAAGUAGCCUAGGGCAGGAAUAUAUGAUGACACUCUUAUUCAUAACAACAAAAAAAGGUAAAUACAGUGAGGGGAAAAAAGUAUUUGAUCCCCUGCUGAUUUUGUACGUUUGCCCACUGACAAAGAAAUGAUCAGUCUAUAAUUUUAAUGGUAGGUUUAUUUGAACAGUGAGAGACAGAAUAACAACAAAAAAAUGUUAUACAUUGAUUUGCAUUUUAAUGAGGGAAUUAAGUAUUUGACCCCCUCUCAAUCAGAAAGAUUUAUGGCUCACAGGUGUCUUUUAUACAGGUAACGAGCUGAGAUUAGGAGCACACUCGUAAAGGGAGUGCUCCUAAUCUCAGUUUGUUACCUGUAUAAAAGACACCUGUCCACAGAAGCAAUCAAUCAAUCAGAUUCCAAACUCUCCACCAUGGCCAAGACCAAAGAGCUCUCCAAGAAUGUCAGGGACAAGAUUGUAGACCUACACAAGGCUGGAAUGGGCUACAAGACCAUUGCCAAGCAUCUUGGUGAGAAGGUGACAACAGUUGGUGCGAUUAUUCGCAAAUGGAAGAAACACAAAAGAACUGUCAAUCUCCCUCGGCCUGGGGCUCCAUGCAAGAUCUCACCUCGUGGAGUUGCAAUGAUCAUGAGAACGGUGAGGAAUCAGCCCAGAACUACACGGGAGGAUAUUGUCAAUGAUCUCUAGGCAGCUGGGACCAUAGUCACCACGAAAACAAUUGGUAACACACUACGCCGUGAAGGACUGAAAUCCUGCAGCGACAAUGACCCAAAACACACGGCCAAGGCAACAAAGUAGUGGCUCAAUAAGAAGCACAUUAAGGUCCUGGAGUGGCCUAGCCAGUCUCCAGACCUUAAUCCCAUAGAAAAUCUGUGGAGGGAGCUGAAGGUUCGAGUUGCCAAACUUCAGGCUCGAAACGUUAAUGACUUGGAGAAGAUCUGCAAAGAGGAGUGGAACAAAAUCCCUCCUGAGAUGUGUGCAAACCUGGUGGCCAACUACAAGAAACGUCUGACCUCUGUGAUUGCCAACAAGGGUUUUGCCACCAAGUACUAAGUCAUGUUUUGCAGAGGGGUCAAAUACUUAUUUCCCUCAUUAAAAUGCAAAUCAAUUUAUAACAUUUUUGACAUGCAUUUUUCUAGAUUUUUUUGUUGUUAUUCUGUCUCUCACUGUUCAAAUAAACCUACCAUUAAAAUUAUAGACUGAUAAUUUCUUUGUCAGUGGGCAAACGUACAAAAUCAGCAGGGGAUCAUUUUUAGUCAGCCACCAAUUGUGCAUGUUCUCCCACUUAAAAAGAUGAGAGAUGCCUGUAAUUUUCAUCAUAGGUACACGUCAACUAUGACAGACAAAUUGAGGAAAAAAAAUCCAGAAAAUCACAUCGUAGGAUUUUUAAUGAAUUUAUUUGCAAAUUAUGGUGGAAAAUAAGUAUUUGGUCACCUACAAACAAGCAAGAUUUCUGGCUCUCACAGACCUGUAACUUCUUCUUUAAGAGGCUCCUCUGUCCUCCACUCGUUACCUGUAUUAAUGGCACCUGUUUGAACUUGUUAUCAGUAUAAAAGACACCUGUCCACAACCUCAAACAGUCACACUCCAAACUCCACAAUGGCCAAGACCAAAGCGCUGUCAAAGGACACCAGAAACAAAAUUGUAGACCUGCACCAGGCUGGGAAGACUGAAUCUGCAAUAGGUAAGCAGCUUGGUUUGAAGAAAUCAACUGUGGGAGCAAUUAUUAGGAAAUGGAAGACAUACAAGACCACUGAUAAUCUCCCUCGAUCUGGGGCUCAACGCAAGAUCUCACCCCGUGGGGUCAAAAUGAUCACAAGAACGGUGAGCAAAAAUCCCAGAACCACACGGGGGGACCUAGUGAAUGACCUGCAGAGAGCUGGGACCAAAGUAACAAAGCCUACCAUCAGUAACACACUACGCCGCCAGGGACUCAAAUCCUGCAGUGCAAGACGUGUCCCCCUGCUUAAGCCAGUACAUGUCCAGGCCCGUCUGAAGUGCAUUUGGAUGAACCAGAAGAGGAUUGGGAGAAUGUCAUAUGGUCAGAUGAAACCAAAAUAUAACUUUUUGGUAAAAACUCAACUCGUCAUGUUUGGAGGACAAAGAAUGCUGAGUUUCAUCCAAAGAACACCAUACCUACUGUGAAGCAUGGGGGUGGAAACAUCAUGCUUUGGGGCUGUUUUUCUGCAAAGGGACCAGGACGACUGAUCCGUGUAAAGGAAAGAAUGAAUGGGGCCAUUUAUCGUGAGAUCUUGAGUGAAAACCUCCUUCCAUCAGCAAGGGCAUUGAAGAUGAAACGUGGCUGAGUCUUUCAGCAUGACAAUGAUCCCAAACACACCGCCCGGGCAACGAAGGAGUGGCUUCGUAAGAAGCAUUUCAAGGUCCUGGAGUGGCCUAGCCAGUCUCCAGAUCUCAACCCCAUAGAAAAUCUUUGGAGGGAGUUGAAAGUCUGUGUUGCCCAGCGACAGCCCCAAAACAUCACUGCUCUAGAGGAGAUCUGCAUGGAGGAAUCGGCCAAAAUACCAGCAACAGUGUGUGAAAACCUUGUGAAGACUUACAGAAAACGUUUGACCUGUGUCAUUGCCAACAAAGGGUAUAUAACAAAGUAUUGAGAAACUUUUGUUAUUGACCAAAUACUUAUUUUCCACCAUCAUUUGCCAAUAAAUUCAUUAAAAAUCCUACAAUGUGAUUUUCUGGAUAAUUUUUUCUCAUUUUGUCUGUCAUAGUUGACGUGUACCUAUGAUGAAAAUUACAGGCCUCUCUCAUUUUUUUAAGUGGGAGAACUUGCACAAUUGGUGGCUGACUAAAUACUUUUUUUCCCCACUGUAUGUGUGUGUUUGUGUGCGUAUAUAUGCGAAAAAAAAUACAUAUGGGGGAUUGGAAGUGAUGCAGACAAUUACAUUGAUGGAAGUUACAAUCUAUCAGCAAUAUUAAAGCUGAUCUACCCCCUAAAAAAAAAGAAACUACUACUAAAGGACCCCAAUAAGAAGAAGAGACUUGCUUGGGCCAAGAAACACGAACAAUGGACAUUAGACCGGUGGAAAUCUGUCCUUUUGAUCUGGAGUCCAAAUGUGAGAUUUUUGGUUCCAACCGCUGUGUCUUUGUGAGACGCAGAGUAGGUGAACGGAUGAUCUCCGCAUGUGUGGUUCCCACUGUGAAGCAUGGAUGAGGAGAUGUGAUGGUGUGGGGGUGCUUUGCUGGUGACACUGUCAGUGAUUUAUAUAGAUCCAUGCAAGAUCUCACCUCGUGGGGCAUCAAUGAUCAUGAGGAAGGUGAGGGAUCAGCCCAGAACUACACAGCAGGUCCUGGUCAAUGACCUGAAGAGAGCUGGGACCACAGUCUCAAAGAAAACCAUUAGUAACACACUAUGCCGUCAUGGAUUAAAAUCCUGCAGCGCACGCAAGGUCCCCCUGCUCAAGCCAGCUCAUGUCCAGGCCCGUCUGAAGUUUGCCAAUGACCAUCUGGAUGAUCCAGAGGAGGAAUGGGAGAAGGUCAUGUGGUCUGAUGAGACAAAAAUAGAGCUUUUUGGUCUAAACUCCACUCGCCGUGUUUGGAGGAAGAAGAAGGAUGAGUACAACCCCAAGAACACCAUCCCAACCGUGAAGCAUGGAUGUGGAAACAUCAUUCUUUGGGGAUGCUUUUCUGCAAAGGGGACAGGACGACUGCACCGUAUUGAGGGGAGGAUGGAUGGGGCCAUGUAUUGCGAGAUCUUGGCCAACAACCUCCUUCCUUCAGUAAGAGCAUUGAAGAUGGGUCGUGGCUGGGUCUUCCAGCAUGACAACGACCCGAAACACACAGCCAGGGCAACUAAGGAGUGGCUCCGUAAGAAGCAUCUCAAGGUCCUGGAGUGGCCUAGCCAGUCUCCAGACCUGAACCCAAUAGAACAUCUUUGGAGGGAGCUGAAAGUCCGUAUUGCCCAGCGACAGCCCCGAAACCUGAAGGAUCUGGAGAAGGUCUGUAUGGAGGAGUGGGCCAAAAUCCCUGCUGCAGUGUGUGCAAACCUGGUCAAGACCUACAGGAAACGUAUGAUCUCUGUAAUUGCAAACAAAGGUUUCUGUACCAAAUAUUAAGUUCUGCUUUUCUGAUGUAUCAAAUACUUAUGUCAUGCAAUAAAAUGCAAAUAAAUUACUUAAAAAUCAUACAAUGUGAUUUUCUGGAUUUUUGUUUUAGAUUCCGUCUCUCACAGUUGAAGUGUACCUAUGAUAAAAAUGCUCUACAUGCUUUGUAAGUAGGAAAACCUGCAAAAUCGGCAGUGUGUCAAAUACUUGUUCUCCCCACUGUAUAUGGACAAGCAAUGACAGAGCGGCAUUGACUAAGAUACAGUAGAAUAUUAUGGAAUAGAAUGCAUUAUAUACAUAUGAGAUGAGUAGUGCAAGAUAUGUAAACAUUGUUAAAGUGACUAGUGUUCCAUUUCUUAAAGUGGCGAGUGAUUUCAAUAGCCUCUAAUGUGCUAGUGAUGGCUAUUUAACAGUCUGAUGGCCUUGAGAUAGAAGCUAUUCUUAAUUCUCUCAGUCCCAGCUUUGAUGCACCUGUACUGACCUCGCCUUCUGGAUGAUAGCGGGCUGAACAGGCAGUGGCUCGGGUGGUAGUUGUCCUUGGUUAUCCUUUUGGCCUUCCUGUGACAUCGGGUGCUGUAUGUCUCUUGGAGGGCGGGUAGUUUGCCCCCGGUAAUGCGUUCGGCAAACCGCACCACCCUCUGGAGAGCCCUGCGGUUGUGGGCGGUGCAGUUGCCGUACCAGGCGGUGAUACAGCCCGACAGGAUGCUCUCAAUUGUGCAUCUGUAAAAGUUUGAGGGUUAAGCCAAAUUUCUUCAGCCUCUUGAUGUUGAAGAGGCUCUGUUGCGCCUUCUUCACCACACUGUCUGCGUGUGAGGACCAUUUCAGUUUGUCGGUGAUGUGUACGCCAAGGAACUUGAAGCUUUUACCUUCUCCACUGCGGUCCCGUCGAUUUGAAUAGGGGGGUGCACCCUCUGCUGUUUCCUGAAGUCCACGAUCAUCUCCUUUGUUUUGUUGAUGUUGAGUGAGAGGUUAUUUUCCUGACACCACACUCCCAGAGCCCUCACCUCCUCCCUGUAGGCUGUCUCGUCAUUGUUGGUAAUCAAGCCUACUACUGAUGUCGUCUGCAAACUUGAUGAUUGAGUUGGAGGCGUGCUUGGCCACGCAGUCAUGGAUGAACAGGGAGUACAGGAGGGGGCUGAGCACGCACCCUUGUGGGGCCCCAGUGUUGAGGAUCAGCGAAGUGGAGAUGUUGUUUCCUACAUUCACCACCUGGGGGUAGCCCGUCAGGAAGUCCAUCACCCAGUUGCACAGGUCUGGGUUCAGACCCAGGGCCUCAAGCUUAAUGAUGAGCUUGGAGGGUACUAUGGUGUUGAAUGCUGAGCUAUAGUCAAUGAACAGCAUUCUUACAUAGGUAUUCCUCUUGUCCAGAUGGGAUAGGGCAGUGUGAUGGCGAUUGCAUCGUCUGUGGAUCUAUUGGGGCGGUAAGCAAAUUGAAGUGGGUCUAGGGUGACAGGUAAGGUAGAAGUGAUAUGAUCCUUGACUAGUCUCUCAAUGCACUUCAUGAUGACAGAGGUGAGUGCCACAGGGCGAUAGUCAUUUAGUUCAGUUACCUUUGCUUUCUUGGGUACAGUAACAAUGGUGGCCAUCUUGAAGCAUGUGGGAACAGCAGACUGGGAAAGGGAGAGAUUGAAUAUGUCCGUAAACACACCAGCCAGCUGGUCUGCGCAUGCUCUGAGGACGCGGCUAGGGAUGCCGUCUGGGCUGGCAGCCUUGCGGGGGUUAACAUGCUUAAAUGUCUUAAUCACGUCGGCCAUGGAGAAGGAGAGGCCACAGUCCUUGGUAGUGGGCCUCGUCAGUGGCACUGUGUUAUCCUCAAAGUGGGUGAAGAAGGUGUUUAGCUUGUCUGGAAGCGAGACGUCGGUGUCGGCGACGUGGCUGGUUUUCCUUUUGUAAACCAGGUGAAGCUGGUUGAGAGAAUACAAAGAGUGUGCAAAGCUGUCAUCAAGGCAAAGGGUGGCUACUUUGAAGAAUCUUUGAAGAAUCUAUUUUGAUUUGUUUAACAACAAUAAUAGUGAAAACAUUUCUUUUUUGGUUACUACAUGAUUCCAUAUGUGUUAUUUCAUAGUUUUGAUGUCUUCACUAUCAUUCUACAAUGUAGAAAAUAGUAAAAAUAAAGAAAAACCCUUGAAUGAGUAGGUGUGUCAACUUUUGACUGAUACUGUAUAUCAUAACCAUUGCAGAAUACAUUUCUCACCUUUUUCUGGCCAUAAUGAGUUCAUAUUCCCGAAGGGACCAUACAACAAAUUACCAUGUGAAUCUCUCAUUUAAUUGGGCCUAUUAGAUAUAAUUUCAAGUUUUUGCUCUAUUCAUCCGAAAGGGAGUGCUGUUUAUUACAUACAGUAGAAUUUAUCAGGUGAACAGACAGUUGAUAUUUUACAUUGAAGUGUGUAGGCUACCACUGUAAGUAGGCCUAUUGUAGUUUUAAAUUUUUCAAGCAGACAAUGUUUCAGAAUUCGUGGGCAGUGCAGCAUAUUUAGGUUCUGGAAAAAGUGAAUGCUAAACGUAAUGGAAUUCUGUUUACAGGUCCACAACAAUUUGCAAUUGUUUUUGUCUUUCAGAAACGGUCAGAUAGGCUACAGCAAAUGUAACUGCAAAAGAAAACAUUCUGCCAACACCUCCAAAGACAUUUAAUCAAGUUCGCCAUUGCUAUUUCCUUUAGAUACUGUCUUGGCCUAAUUCCAAUACUGCCAAGGUACAGUGGGGAAAAAAAUUUUUUAGUCAGCCACCAAUUGUGCAAGUUCUCCCACUUAAAAAGAUGAGAGAGGCCUGUAAUUUUCAUCAUAGGUACACGUCAACUAUGACAGACAAAAUGAGAUUUUUUUUCUCCAGAAAAUCACAUUGUAGGAUUUUUUAAUGAAUUUAUUUGCAAAUUAUGGUGGAAAAUAAGUAUUUGGUCAAUAACAAAAGUUUCUCAAUACUUUGUUAUAUACCCUUUGUUGGCAAUGACACAGGUCAAACGUUUUCUGUAAGUCUUCACAAGGUUUUCACACACUGUUGCUGGUAUUUUGGCCCAUUCCUCCAUGCAGAUCUCCUCUAGAGCAGUGAUGUUUUAGGGCUGUCGCUGGACAACACAGACUUUCAACUCCCUCCAAAGAUUUUCUAUGGGGUUGAGAUCUGGAGACUGGCUAGGCCACUCCAGGACCUUGAAAUGCUUCUUACGAAGCCACUCCUUCAUUGCCCGGGUGGUGUGUUUGGGAUCAUUGUCAUGCUGAAAGACCCAGCCACGUUUCAUCUUCAAUGCCCUUGCUGAUGGAAGGAGGUUUUCACUGAAAAUCUCACGAUACAUGGCCCCAUUCAUUCUUUCCUUUACACGGAUCAGUCGUCCUGGUCCCUUUGCAGAAAAACAGCCCCAAAGCAUGAUGUUUCCACCCCUAUGCUUCACAGUAGGUAUGGUGUUCUUUCGAUGCAACUCAGCAUUCUUUGUCCUCCAAACACGACAUGUUGAGUUUUUACCAAAAAGUUCUAUUUUGGUUUCAUCUGAUCAUAUGACAUUCUCCCAAUCCUCUUCUGGAUCAUCCAAAUGCACUCUAGCAAACUUCAGACGGGCCUGGACAUGUACUGGCUUAAGCAGGGGGACACGUCUGGCACUGCAGGAUUUGAGUCUCUGGCGGCGUAGUGUGUUACUGAUGGUAGGCUUUGUUACUUUGGUCCCAGCUCUCUGCAGGUCAUUCACUAGGUCCCCCCGUAUGGUUCUGGGAUUUUUGCUCACUGUUCUUGUGAUCAUUUUGACCCCACGGGGUGAGAUCUUGCGUGGAGCCCCAGAUCGAGGGAGAUUAUCAGUGGUCUUGUAUGUCUUCCAUUUCCUAAUAAUUGCUCCCACAGUUGAUUUCUUCAAACCAAGCUGCUUUUCUAUUGCAGAUUCAGUCUUCCCAGCCUGGUGCAGGUCUACAAUUUUGUUUCUGGUGUCCUUUGACAGCGCUUUGAUCUUGGCCAUAGUGGAGUUUGGAGUGUGACUGUUUGAGGUUGUGGACAGGUGUCUUUUAUACUGAUAACAAGUUCAAACAGGUGCCAUUAAUACAGGUAACGAGUGGAGCACAGAGGAGCCUCUUAAAGAAGAAGUUACAGGUCUGUGAGAGCCAGAAAUGUUGCUUGUUUGUAGGUGACCAAAUACUUAUUUUCCACCAUAAUUUGCAAAUAAAUUCAUUAAAAAUCCUACAAUGUGAUUUUCUGGAAAAAAAAUUCUCAAUUUGUCUGUCAUAGUUGACGUGUACCUAUGAUGAAAAUUACAGGCCACUCUCAUCUUUUUAAGUGGGAGAACUUGCACAAUUGGUGGCUGACUAAAUACUUUUUUCCCCCACUGUAUACAGAAAAUAAGGACGUUAUUGUCACCAUAAAAGGUGAAUGAAGGAUGUUUUUCAGGCGGAGUUGUUAUAAUGCUUGUUCACGGGUACACAGUUUUACGAAAGGUCUGAUUUAUAACGGGAAACAUGCGUAUUUAUGGCAUGUGCCAAAUAUAUAAAUCUCAAUGUUUAGUGUAAAAUUUACGCAACGGUUAUAAAUGAGGCCCCAGGAGACCUACUGGGUGUGCAUGCUUUUGUUCCAGCCCACCACUAACACAUCAGCUUCAACUAAUAAUCAAUUGAUCAUCAAGACCAUUGAGGAGAUUAGGACUGGGCUGGAAUAAAAUCAUGCACGCCCUGUAGCUCUCCAGACCACUGUUGUCGUGAAUAUCAGGUGAAGAACACAAGUGCUUCUUUGUUAGCUAGGAUUAAGAUUUGUUGUCAAUACAAAUACAAGCUGUUGUUGCUGUACGGGUUCUGACCGUGGUGUGUGUGUGUGUUGGAUUGUGCAGCCGUGGUCAUCUCUCCUGAGGAACUGGAACAGUCUGGCUGUCACACAUCCGGGGUACAUGGCCUUCCUCACCUACGACGAGGUCAAGGCCCGACUGCAGAGGUUCAUCCACAAGCCUGGCAGGUGAGACACACAUACACCUGACACUGAAGUAAAUAUUUUGACAUGCACACACUUGCAUACAAAAAAAACAUCACAGAGCACACAGAGACCGUCCAAGUACAUCAACACGUACACGCUCAACUUCUCUCACACAACACGUUUGUGGUCUGCCUCUGUCCCAGUUAUAUCUUCAGACUGAGUUGCACUCGGCUGGGCCAGUGGGCCAUUGGCUACGUCACUGCAGAUGGGAACAUCCUGCAGACCAUCCCCCACAACAAGCCCCUCUUUCAGGCCCUCAUUGAUGGAUACAGGGAGGGAUUGUGAGUAUGACAUAGCCAAGAUGAAAGAAUGACCAAAUACUACCUUUUCUGGUUCAGUCAAGGCGUUUGCAAAAUAUGUUGUGUAAAGUUUCCUCUGAAAGAGGUUGAAAUCAGUUUAAGACUACAAACAAAAAAUCAUCACAGAAUUGCACAUUUUAAUUAGUUGAAAUAACAGGAAAUCAUACUUCAACUGGCCAUUGAAAUGUUUUGAUUUGUUGCUCUCUCUCCAGCUACUUGUUCCCAGAUGGCCGGGCCCAGAACCCAGACCUCACAGGUCUGUGUGAGCCCUCCCCACAGGACCACAUCAAAGUCACACAGGUCAGACACACACACUCACAUCCACGAAGUUCAUAACAUUCACUACAGGUCGUAAUUCAGACUUCAGAUUCACUUGUGACUCAAACUUUUGCCUACUGUAAUUUUCCAUUGCUUACAAUGCCCUAAACGUACAUUUGUAUACUUAUUCAGAUUUAUGUGAAUCUAUCUCAAGUCAGAAUACUGUCUGUUUAGAUCAGGGGUGUCAAACUCAUUUUAGCUCAGGGGCCACAUGGAGGAAAAUCUAUUCCCAAGUGGGCCGGACCGGAAAAAUCAUGGUAUAUAUAACUUAAAAACAACAACUUCAGAUUGUUUUCUUUGUUUUAAUACGAUCAACAUAAAGCUGGAGCCUGAGGACAGUGUGUCCAAAAUAGUACAAGCACAACAUCACUAUUAAUCAUAAAACACGUCAAGUUUAUUUGAAAAUUCUAAAGAAAAAGAACACACAAACACACAAUGCCUCAGUGAUUAACAGAACUGUUUCACAGAUCACAGAACUAUAUCAGGGUGUCGUUUCUCAGGCAGAAAUGUAGAUAAAAAUAAUGAAAUCCUGUUCCCCAAACAAGUGCAAGAACCACAGAGUCAAGAAUAGGUUAAAUAUACAAAUAAAAUAAAAUCAAUUAAAAACAAUAGCACAUCAACAUAAAAACAUAUAAACAUAAAUCUGAAAGCGUUGCUCAAACUCCCGUAACAGUCCCGUUAUUUUAUCUUUGAACCGCUUCAUGUCUGCCACAUGUUGGGUCGCGCACACAUUUUUCAGACAGGGGAAGUGAGCUGCAUCACCACCGGCAAGUUGCGUCUCCCACAAUGACAGCUUCAACUUGAAAGAACGUAUGCUGUCAUAAUACUGCGUGACAACUUUGUUGCGCCCUUGCAGCUGUUUGUUCAAGUUAUUCAGGUGCUCUGUAACAUCCACCAUAAAUGCAAGGUCCGGCAUCCAUUCUGCGGAAUGAAAUUCUAACACUGGUUUGCCCUUUUCUUCCAUGAACUGUUCAAUUUCUUCUCGUAAAUCAAAGAAACGCCUCAGCACAGCACCUCGGCUUAACCAUCUUACCUCAGUGUGGUAUGGCAGGCCAUAGAUGUGGUCUUUCUCUCUGAGAAGGCUGUCAAACUGACGGUGAUUCAGGCUUCUGGAUCGGAUGAAAUUAACAGUUUGGAUGACCACCUUCAUGACGUUAUCCAUAUUUAAUGACUUGCAACACAAAGCCUCCUGGUGCAAAAUACAGUGAAAAGUCAAAAAAUCACGUCCUCCAUUUGCAGAUUGCACUUUCUCUCUGAACUUUGUCACAACGCCUGCUUUUUUCCCGAUCAUUGAGGGCGCACCAUCUGUAGCCAGGCUGACAGCGCGGGACCAGUCCACUCCGACCCUGUCCAGCGCGCCGACGAGUGCUGUAAAAAUAUCAGCUGCUGUCGUUGUAUCUGUCAUCGGCACCAACUCCACGAACUCCUCGGUGACGGUCAAUGUGUCAUCAACUCCGCGGAUGAAAAAAUGGCCAGUUGUGCAACAUCUGUAAUGUCCGUGCUUUCAUCAAUUGCAACCGAAAACGCAAUAAAUGACUUUACUUUUUGCUUCAACUGGCUGUCCAAAUCCACUGAAAGAUCGGAAAUCCUGUCUGCAACUGUGUUUCUUGUCAGGCUGAUAUUUGCAAAAGCCUGCCGCUUUUCAGGGCACACAAUCUCCGCUGCCUUCAUCAUGCAUGUUUUUAAAAAUUCACCCUCACUAAAUGGUUUUGAAGCCACUGCGAUUUCAUUAGCAAUGAGGUAGCUAGCUUUCACUGCAGCGUCACUGAUGUCUCGGCUGUGAGUAAACACAGACUGCUGUUUCUUCAGACCCGCCAACAGUUCAUUCACCUUCUCUCAUCUCCGCUGUCCUUGAGAGUUGUCAUAUUUGUCGGCAUGAAGACUCACAUAGUGGCGACGAAGGUUAUAUUCUUUCAGCACUGCAACAUGCUCUGAACACACCAAACAUACAGAUUUUUCUUGGAACACUCUGCACUCUGCGUCCACUUUUCUCUUUUUUGACAGAGACAUAUUGGGGCAAUGAGGGUGCCAAAGCACAUAAUGUUAAAAGUAGAAGCCGUAAUAAAUAUCGCGGGCAAAACAAAGUAGCUCAUUGGCUGCACGUGCUUGACCUACUUGCUCUGCCCCGGUAUAAACAGUUUGCUUGCUUAACACAAUUGCUAUUGCGCCAUCUAGUGGACGCAAUUGGAACAGCAGUUUAUUUUAUUGAAAAAUUGCAGCGCAUUUUUAUACUUUACAAAACAAAAAAACUAAACAAUUUUUUUUUUUUUUUUUUUAAAUCAUCUCGCGGGCCGGAUUAAACCCGUUUGCGGGCCUGAUCCGGCCCGCGGGCCGUACGUUUGACACCCCUGGUUUAGAUGGAUGUUUCCUAAAAUCAGAAUUGGGCCAGAAAAUAUUUGUCCUAUUGAAGUAUGCAUACACUGAGAUAUGACAUUUCUGAUGUAUCUUUUACUUAUGUGAUACUCAUCCUAUCUCCUUUCUCUUCACUGUGCUACAGGAGCAGUAUGAGCUCUACUGUGAGAUGGGCUCCACAUUCCAGUUGUGUAAGAUCUGUGCAGAGAACGACAAGGAUGUGAAGAUAGAGCCCUGCAGCCACCUCAUGUGCACCUCCUGUCUCACUGCCUGGCAGGUAGGUCCCAGAAUUAGGUCAUCCCGCAAGAGUGUCUAUUGGUUCACAUUCAUUUUGUACAUUUUAUCUGGGCCCGUAUCCACAAAGCGUCUCAGAGUAGAACAUUGGUCGUAAGUGCUGAGAAUAGAGACAUUUUACUCCUACUCUUAUGGGUCAAAAUAAAAGCUAUGCAUGAAGCCUCUUCAGUCAGAAGUCACUCCUAGUCGACAGAUAUUUAGGACACCUCAUUAGCUGUCCUAACCAGUUAAGAGUUACCAACAGGUGUCUUGAUAAAAGAAAAAUGCAGUGAGUCAGUGUUUCCUGCGUCACAUGCAAUUGUUUUGAGUUGUUAAGAAUGUUUUGAUAUUUCAUAAAUAAUCUAGACCUACAUGUAACAGUAUCUCUUGCACUUUUGACAAUUUCACAAGGCAUGUUUUACAUGAUAUGCUUAAAUACUUAACCACUUAGUUAUUUAAAGUUAUCCAUUUGGAAUGCAACAUGUUGUAAAAAAAAUCUCUAAAUUAGGCAUGCCUAUAAAUUGUGCAAUUGAAGGCAUAUAUAUAGUGCUUGUGUUAACUUUGAUAGUGUUUGAUGAAAAUGAUAGACCUUUCAAAACGUUGUGUGCAGUGUUGUAUGCAACAUUAUCGGCAAGUGACUUGAUGCCUACUCUGCCAAAGUGAUUUAGAGUUGUUAAACGGGAAUGACGACGAGUGUGUGUUGAUAACGGUAAUAUUAUGAAAAUUCCGCUUUUAACCAUAUCAUUUUUAUUAAAAUAAAGGUUAUGGUUGCCAACAUAUUAGGCAAUAAUUAAGAGUAGGCAAAGUGAUUGUGUCAGGCGAAAAUGAUAUCAAACGUUUUACCAUUACAGCAUUUGAUGUACAGUCACCUUCACUGUCAUUGUCUGAAGCAUGCUAUAUAGAGUUCACGCUGGCGAUGCCGUAUGUCUGAGCAGUGUCUUAACAUCAUCCUAAAACCUACUCUGAGCUGGGAGGUUUUUUUCUUCUUAAAACAGGUUAACAGGAUUCCUAGGACCUUUUCUGAGAUGCUUUGUGGAUAUGGGCCUUGGCCCGAUUUAGUUUUAAACUGCGGUAUUGCUCUCUCCCAGGAAUCGGAGGGGCAGGGCUGUCCAUUCUGCCGCUGUGAGAUUAAAGGCACAGAGCCCAUCGUGGUAGACCCCUUCCACCCCAAGAACAGCAGCAGCGGGGCCUCCUUUGCCAGCUUCCAGGGACCUUACGGGGCGGAAGGAGGGGGCUCCCUGUCAGUCUCCCCCAGCAACGAUGAGGACGAUGACGAGCGCCUGGAGGACCCCCACCUCAUUAUGAACAGGCUGGCCUGCACCAAGGCAAGUCCCCCACCUCACCCCCAGCCACCAUCUAUGACCAGCCAGACUUUGUCAUGUUCUCUCUAUUUCUCCUACACACACCAUCUCACAACAUCAUUGUGUCCUUAUGUGGUAAAAGUGAAAAGACAAUCUAUAAAAGACUUGGUAGUUUUCAGAAUUUGCCAAUCAGAUACACCACCCAGUAAAUCAACAACAACAAAAACAGCUCCUCCAUCUACAUGUUGUAGAAACAAGCUGACGUCUCAAGUUUGUUUUGAUGCCUCCCCUGUGUGUUUUCAGGUGGAGCGCCCGCCCUCCCCUGUGACGCCGCUGCCCCCUGUGCCCCCCCGGCUGGACCUGCUGCAGCAGAGGCCUCCCAGCUCCCCAGGGGUCCUGGGCCAAGGAGCAACAACCAAGGCAAGUGGAGGACCUAAUCUGUCAAUCACUUAAUCUAAUUCAAGCUUAUUUUGUUAUGUAUAUAAUGGUGUGCCCAUGCAUGUCAUGUGACUUUUACAUUUUACUAAUUUAGCUGACUCUCUAAUCCAGAGAGACAAGUAUUGCAUACAGUCAUUAAUAUCUGCUCUCCCCAGAUUGCAGCCCUCCACAGAGACAAACCUUUGCCCCUCCCUCCUGCCCUGAGAGAGUUACCCCCACCUCCCCCACCCGAACGCCCCUCUCCCCUUGGACUGCCAGAGGGCCGGCUCCAAAGGAGACCCCUGCCAUGCACCCCUCCAGAGCCCAACUGGGCCUCCAACUACAUGGUUCCCCGCCCCGUAGCCAAGGCCCCCCCACAGACCAACGGACCCAGUGACAGUGACUGUAUCCACAGAGCAAAGCCGCUAGCAGCGACCAACGCUAUCUACUCCCUGGCAGUCGGGUAUGGCAUAUGUAUAGAUAUGGAUAAAAUGUGUUAUAGAUGUAAUGUAGAUGUUCAAUAGAGAGAAGUCACUCCUUGCCCUGAAGAGUUCUGGGAAAUGCAGAUUUUUAUUCUAGUCCAGCACUAAAUCACUAGAUUUAAUGUAAUGGUGGUCUUCCAUUCCUGACGUGAUUGGUUGAAUCAGAGGCUCUCUGGGACUUAGAUUGUCUAUAGACCCUGUAGUAACUCAUAGAAUGACUGAUCGGUAAUUCAAUAUGUUGUAUGUAUUACCUGGCUCAGUCUCUCUUGCUCUCUGUUGUUAGGCCUCCUCAACAGGAGUCUACUGGUGAGAAGUCAUCUGGGAGUGAUGAGGAGAAUGAGUACAUGAGCCCCACCUCUCUCCCUGCAGGAGGAUCCUCCUGGGCCAUGGCGGGUGCUGUUGUGCCCGCACCACCACUGCUCCAAACCACUAACCACGACUCACGGUGAGCGCUCAAGACUGUCAUUGAGGUGACUCAGUGGAUUAUGAUUGAAUGAUUGAACCAUCCUAGAUGUAUGUAUUUCCUGAAUGGUUUAAAUCUAUGAUCAAUCAGUACAGGGUCCUGACUAACGUUUUUCUGAUGCCCCUCCCUCUGCCAUUCAUCUUCCUCCAUCCCUGCCUCUUUCUCUCCACUCCCCCCUUCUAUCCUAGGACUGUGGUGUGUGAUGUGGACUGUGAGGACCCUCAGGUGUAUGAGUCCAUGUGUAACAUCCAGGCGCAGGCUAGUGCUACUGUGCUCCUACCUCUGGCCUCCCUGUCCCUGCCCCAGCAGCCCCCGGAAUCAGGUACAUGGAGAUGGAUGAAGGAUCUCUAUUCUCACUUUUCUGAUUGCACAUGAAGUUACAUAAUCAUCACUUUGUACAAUCAGAAAACCACCAUGCAACUUGGGCUUGAAUCACACUGGCGUCUUUUGUAUGUCUACAGUCGUGGUCAAAAGUUUUGAGAAUGACACAAGUAUUGGUCUUCACAAAGUUUGCUGCUUCAGUGUUUUUAGAUAUUUUUGUCAGAUGUUACUAUGGUAUACUGAAGUAUAAUUACAAGCAUUCCAUAAGUGUCAAAGGCUUUUAUUGACAAUUACAUUAAGUUUAUGCAAAGAGUCAAUAUUUGCAGUGUUGACCCUUCUUUUUCAAGGCCUCUGCAAUCCGCCCUGGCAUGCUGUCAAUUAACUUAUAGGCCACAUCCUGACUGAUGGCAGCCCAUUCUUGCAUAAUCAAUGCUUGGAGUUUGUCAGAAUUUGUGGGUUUUUGUUUGUCCACCCGCCUCUUGAGGAUUGACCACAAGUUCUCAAUGGGAUUAAGGUCUGGGGAGUUUCCUGGCCAUGGACCCAAAAUGUCGAUGUUUUGUUCCCAGAGCCACUUAGUUAUCACUUUUGCCUUAUGGCAAGGUGGUCCAUCAUGCUGGAAAAGGCAUUGUUCGUCACCAAACUGUUCUUGGAUGGUUGGGAGAAGUUGCUCUCGGAGCAUGUGUUGGUACCAUUCUUUAGUCAUGGCUGUGUUCUUAGGCAAAAUUGUGAGUGAGCCCACUCCCUUGGCUGAGAAGCAACCCCACACAUGAAUGGUCUCAGGAUGCUUUACUGUUGGCAUGACACAGGACUGAUGGUAGCGCUCACCUUGUCUUCUCCGGACAAGCUUUUUUCCGGAUGCCCCAAACAAUCGGAAAGGGGAUUCAUCAGAGAAAAAUACUUUACCCCAGUCCUCAGCAGUCCAAUCCCUGUACCUUUUGCAGAAUAUCAGUCUGUCCCUGAUGUUUUUUCUGGAGAGAAGUGGCUUCCUCACUGCCCUUCUUGACACCAGGCCAUCCUCCAAAAGUCUUUGCCUCACUGUGCGUGCAGAUGCACUCACACCUGCCUGCUGCCAUUCCUGAGCAAGCUCUGCACUGGUGGUGCCCCGAUCCUGCAGCUGAAUCAAUUUUAGGAGACGGUCCUGGUGCUUGCUGGACUUUCUUGGGCGCCCUGAAGCCUUCUUCACAACAAUUGAACCUUUCUCCUUGAAGUUCUUGAUGAUCCGAUAAAUGGUUGAUUUAGGUGCAAUCUUACUAGCAGCAAUAUCCUUGCCUGUGAAGCCCUUUUUGUGCAAAGCAAUGAUGACGGCACGUGUUUCCUUGCAGGUAACCAUGGUUAAGAGGAAGAACAAUGAUUUCAAGCACCACCCUCCUUUUAAAGCUUCCAGUCUGUUAUUCUAACUCAAUCAGCAUGACAGAGUGAUCUCCAGCCUUGUCCUCGUCAACACUCUCACCUGUGUUAACGAGAGAAUCACUGACAUGAUGUCAGCUGGUCCUUUUGUGGCAGGGCUGAAAUGCAGUGGAAAUGUUAUUUUGGGAUUAAGUUCAUUUUCAUGGCAAAGAGGGACUUUGCAAUUAAUUGCAAUUCAUCUGAUCACUCUUCAUAACAUUCUGGAGUAUAUGCAAAUUGCCAUCAUAAAAACUGAGGCAGCAGACUUUGUGAAAAUUAAUAUUUGUGUCAUUCUCAAAACUUUUGACCACGACUGUACACCUGCCCAGAAACAUACCAUCUCAAUGAAUGUGGCCACAAUUGGAUUACAGUUAUUAGUUAAGCCAGUUAUCAUGUAUCUCAGCACGUGGAACAUGUACAGUGGGGGAAAAAAAGUAUUUAGUCAGCCACCAAUUGUGCAAGUUCUCCCACUUAAAAAGAUGAGAGAGGCCUGUAAUUUUCAUCAUAGGUACACGUCAACUAUGACAGACAAAAUGAGAAAACAAAAUCCAGAAAAUCACAUUGUAGGAUUUUUAAUGAAUUUAUUUGCAAAUUAUGGUGGAAAAUAAGUAUUUGGUCAAUAACAAAAGUUUCUCAAUACUUUGUUAUAUACCCUUUGUUGGCAAUGACACAGGUCAAACGUUUUCUGUAAGUCUUCACAAGGUUUUCACACACUGUUGCUGGUAUUUUGGCCCAUUCCUCCAUGCAGAUCUCCUCUAGAGCAGUGAUGUUUUGGGGCUGUCGCUGGGCAACACGGACUUUCAACUCCCUCCAAAGAUUUUCUAUGGGGUUGAGAUCUGGAGACUGGCUAGGCCACUCCAGGACCUUGAAAUGCUUCUUACGAAGCCACUCCUUCGUUGCCUGGGCGGUGUGUUUGGGAUCAUUGUCAUGCUGAAAGACCCAGCCACGUUUCAUCUUCAAUGCCCUUGCUGAUGGAAGGAGGUUUUCACUCAAAAUCUCACGAUACAUGGCCCCAUUCAUUCUUUCCUUUACACGGAUCAGUCGUCCUGGUCCCUUUGCAGAAAAACAGCCCCAAAGCAUGAUGUUUCCACCCCCAUGCUUCACAGUAGGUAUGGUGUUCUUUGGAUGCAACUCAGCAUUCUUUGUCCUCCAAACACGACGAGUUGAGUUUUUACCAAAAAGUUAUAUUUUGGUUUCAUCUGACCAUAUGACAUUCUCCCAAUCCUCUUCUGGAUCAUCCAAAUGCACUCUAGCAAACUUCAGACGGGCCUGGACAUAUACUGGCUUAAGCAGAGGGACACGUCUGGCACUGCAGGAUUUGAGUCCCUGGCGGCGUAGUGUGUUACUGAUGGUAGGCUUUGUUACUUUGGUCCCAGCUCUCUGCAGGUCAUUCACUAGGUCCCCCCGUGUGGUUCUUGUGAUCAUUUUGACCCCAUGGGGUGAGAUCUUGCGUGGAGCCCCAGAUCGAGGGAGAUUAUCAGUGGUCUUGUAUGUCUUCCAUUUCCUAAUAAUUGCUCCCACAGUUGAUUUCUUCAAACCAAGCUGCUUACCUAUUGCAGAUUCAGUCUUCCCAGCCUGGUGCAGGUCUACAAUUUUGUUUCUGGUGUCCUUUGACAGCUCUUUGGUCUUGGCCAUAGUGGAGUUUGGAGUGUGACUGUUUGAGGUUGUGUACAGGUGUCUUUUAUACUGAUAACAAGUUCAAACAGGUGCCAUUAAUACAGGUAACGAGUGGAGGACAGAGGAGCCUCUUAAAGAAGAAGUUACAGGUCUGUGAGAGCCAGAAAUCUUGCUUGUUUGUAGGUGACCAAAUACUUAUUUUCCACCAUAAUUUGCAAAUAAAUUCAUAAGAAAUCCUACAUUGUGAUUUUCUGGAAAAAAAAUUCUCAAUUUGUCUGUCAUAGUUGACGUGUACCUAUGAUGAAAAUUACAGGCCUCUCAUCUUUUUAAGUGGGAGAACUUGCACAAUUGGUGGCUGACUAAAUACUUUUUUCCCCCACUGUAUAUCCUGUAUUCAGGGUAUUUAAAUCACUCUUUCUUUUUUUAUCCCUUUAAUCCUCUUGUUUCCCUCCAGACUACCUCAUCCCUCCCCCUGCGGUUCCCCUGCACCAUGUGGUAGAGGAGAUUGAGGAAGAGGAUGUGUAUGAGUAUGACUACCCACGACCCCAAGCUCCCCCGGCACCCGCCAGGCGCACCCUCUCUGAUGUCACCGGCACCUCGGCCGUCUUCAGCUGCCUCUCAAUGGAUAGCCCUACCAUAGAUGCCUGUAUGUAACUCAGCAUUAGGGUUUUCAGUCCUUUUCCUCUCUUACUUUGUCAUGUUAAGAGUUAUAUUUAUCAAACACCAUCUCAUGAACAUGUUCUCUCCUCUUCUCUCUCCCAGCUACGUUUGCAUCAGGUCAGGACCCCGAGCGCCCCCCUAAGCCCCUCCCCCGCCGGGUCAACUCAGACCACCGGCCCCGCCCCCUUACCCCAGAGGCCCUGCCCCCUGCUGCCAGUCCAUCAGCUGGCUCCCGAGGGGGGCCCGGUCCCGCUCCAGUUCCCGGUGCGGCGCUACCCAUCAACGGGGAGAUAGAGUGUCUGAUGAGCCAGGGUUACUCAUUCCAGGACAUUCAGAAGGCCCUGAUGAUCGCCCAGAACAACCUGGAGACGGCCAAGAACAUCCUGCGCGAGUUUGUCUCCAUCCCCUCCACGGCCCACAUCCUCACGUAG